AUGGCUGAUCUACAGGGCCGCAAGAUCUUCAAGGUCUUUAACCAAGACUUUAUCGUCGAUGAGAGAUACACGGUGACGAAAGAGCUGGGACAGGGUGCCUAUGGUAUCGUCUGCGCGGCAGUGAACAACCAAACCAACGAGGGCGUCGCCAUCAAGAAGGUCACCAAUGUUUUCAGCAAGAAGAUCCUGGCCAAGCGCGCCCUGCGCGAAAUCAAGCUCCUGCAGCACUUCAGGGGCCACCGCAACAUUACCUGUCUGUAUGAUAUGGACAUCCCCAGACCCGACAACUUCAACGAGACAUAUCUUUACGAAGAGUUGAUGGAAUGCGAUCUGGCGGCCAUCAUCCGGUCAGGCCAGCCGCUCACAGACGCCCACUUCCAGUCCUUCAUCUACCAGAUCCUGUGCGGGCUCAAGUACAUCCACUCGGCGAACGUGCUGCACCGCGACCUCAAGCCGGGCAACCUGCUCGUCAACGCCGACUGCGAGCUCAAGAUCUGCGAUUUCGGUCUCGCGCGCGGCUUCUCGAUCGAUCCGGAGGAGAACGCCGGGUACAUGACUGAGUAUGUCGCGACGAGAUGGUACCGCGCGCCCGAGAUCAUGCUCAGCUUCCAGAACUACACCAAAGCGAUCGACGUCUGGUCGGUGGGCUGCAUCCUAGCGGAGCUCCUCGGCGGGCGCCCCUUCUUCAAGGGCCGCGACUACGUAGACCAGCUCAACCAGAUCCUGCACAUCCUGGGUACGCCCAACGAGGAGACGUUGUCGCGGAUAGGCUCGCCGCGGGCGCAGGAGUACGUGCGCAACCUGCCGUACAUGGCCAAGAAGUCGUUCCCGUCGCUCUUCCCCAACGCCAACCCGGACGCGCUGGACCUGCUGGACCGCAUGCUGGCGUUCGACCCGACGCGGCGCAUCUCGGUCGAGGAGGCGCUCCAGCACCCCUACCUCGCCAUCUGGCACGACGCCAGCGACGAGCCUGACUGCCCGGCCACCUUCAACUUCGACUUCGAGGUCAUCGACGAGGUCUCCGAGAUGCGCAAGAUGAUCCUCGACGAGGUCUUCCACUUCCGCCAGCUCGUCCGCAUGGUUCCUGGCUCCGGUAACCAGGGCGGUAACAUGCCCGCCCCGCAGGUGCCCCUGCCGUCCGGUGGUCAGAACCACCAGUGGAAGGCCGAUGAUCCCCGCCCCCAGGAGUAUGGCGCCAUGCAGGGCCUUGAGGCCGAGUUGGCAGGUCGGUGA